AUGGACUGGAUCCCCGAUCCUGUCGACGCCGGCGUCAACUACAAGCGGCCCAAGUCGGAGGACGUUAUCGGUACGCUGAUCAACGCGCUGGGCUCGCAGGACAUAUUCAUCAAAGAGUUCCAAUCUAUCAUCGCUGAACGGCUCCUGUCCAAGCAGACCGAGUUUCCUCAGGAGGUCAAGGUGCUCAACCUUCUCAAAAAGAAAUUUGGCGAGAAUGCACUGCAAAAUUGCGAUGUCAUGCUCAAGGACAUUCAAGACUCGACGAGGGUCGACACGGUCAUCACGAGACAGAUGCAAAUGGCCGAGUGGGAGCAGAAAAUGCUGCUCUCAUAUCACACCAAGAUCUUGUCACGUCUGUUCUGGCCCACACUCGACCGCGAGCAUUUCCUGCUUCCGCAGCCCGUCAUUGAGAUGCAAAGCCGCUACGACGCUCGUUACGAAGGCCUCAAGAGCUCGCGUAAGCUCACCUGGCUCAACAACCUCGGCACGGCAACCGUGCACCUGGAUUUGGAAGACAGGUCCGUUGAUAAGGAAUGCAAGACAUAUGAGGCGGCCGUCAUCUACGCCUUCCAAGAUGACGGGUUCUCUACGUCUCCCGCGCAGCGUACAGUCAAUCAGCUCGAAGAUACACUCCAGAUGGAUGAUGACACGAUUCGCCUGGCUCUCGUCUUCUGGGCGUCGCAGCGCGUCCUGCGCGAAGUCGCCCCCGACACGUAUGUCGUCCUCGAACGCCUCGAAGAAGACACGGCUCCGGCACCCCGUGACUCGUCCCCAGCGCUCGACGAUGACGACAUCGCGCCGCCGCACAACACGGUGUCGCCCUCCAAGACCGGCAGGGGCGCCAUGGAUGCGCAGGAAAAGGAGCGACGUCUAGUCUACUGGCAAUUCAUCUUUGGCAUGCUGACCAACUCGGCGCCCACAAUGCCGUUGGGUCAGAUGGCUAUGAUGAUGAAGAUGCUUAUCCCAGACGGGUUCCCCUGGAGCAACGAGGAGUUGCAGGAAUUCCUGGCUGAGAAAAUGGCCGAGGGCGAGCUCGAGCUUGUAGGCGGAAAGUAUCGCUUGCCGAAGAAGUGAAGGAUGGAUGCAUGCUUCUUGAUCGGUAGCGCCUCCGAGCAUUUGGGAUCGUGCGCAUAAUUUAUUUUCACGAGAUCACUUCAAGAGAUUCAGGCCUACCCACUACCAGUGAAACUUGGGGUGGCUUGCGGACAAGAGAGAGAGACACGGUCGUGAUUGAUUACUACAAGGAGCUAUCCACGCAUGAGACGAUCAAGUCUUGGCUUCUUGCCGAGCACGGAAACCCUCGCAGACAGGGCGGGCUUUUUUGUACUUUAUUUCAAGUCCACACAGGAUUACGAGUCACGAUGGAAUGGGCAUGGAAGGGAUCGGCUACAGCGGCACGCUUACACCUUGCGAGCUAACAUCAGUAUCGCUGGCGAGUGCCGGAGAAUAGUCGAGUCAUUGGAGACGAGUGGCAGG